AUGCGAGGAGCGCGGACCGUCGCGCUGCUGGCAGUCGCGUGCGUAGGCGUCCACGCGUGCGGAGACGAGUUGUGUCUGCCGAUCGUGGAGCUGCAAUGCGGCUCGGACGGCGUUAUCUACACGAACGCGUGCCUCGCGGAGAAGGCAAAGUGCAGCAAUCGGGCGUUCACGUACUCGGCCGGCGCGUGCCCGAAGCAGACGCCGCCGCCACGCAGGCCCGUGGCAACGAUCGAUUUGAAUGCGAUCACGUUUCCGCGCUUCUCCACGCCGCACCUGCGAGCGCCGACAGUCGACGAGGGGGACGAGCCUCGACGCGCGUUUCGCGACAACUAAGGCGUGAUUGGCUCUACACAAAGAUUGUUCGGGUGAUCAUGUUGUCGC